AUGACAGAUAUAAUACUGAUACAUCAGAAUGCUUUAGCUGGAUUAGAUCCAGCUUUCAUCAAGGAGAAUCCGGAAUUUGUUGCAGCCUAUAGCAAUAUUAAUUCAAAGGAUAUCGAAGCAUUGAAUACAAUAUUGAAAGCUGUGGAUCAAUUAUUAAAAAGAUAUUCAACACCAAAUGAUAAAAUUAAGAAUGCUGUGGAAAUAAUAUUUAGACAAAUCCUCUCGAGGUAUCCUUUACUGUUUGGUUAUUGGAAACGAUAUACCGCUAUUGAGUAUCAAUUUCACGAUCUGGAGACAUCAUUGAAAACAUUAGAAAAUGCAACAGAAUCCUUUCCGCAUAGUAUAGACCUAUGGUGUGAUUAUUUAAGGGUACUGACCGUUAACUAUCCAAAGGAAACCGAAUUAAUAAAAACUAAAAUAAAUAAGGCCAAACAACUUAUUGGUUCACAAUUUUAUUCUCAUCCUUUUUGGGAUUUAAUUCUAGAUUAUCUUUUAAAAACGGAAUCAGAUGUUAUAGAUCUAUAUUAUGAAAUAAUACGUAUUCCACUCCAUCAGUAUGCUAAAUAUAUUAGUUCAUUUAAAAAACUUUUAUCAGAAAGAAGACUUAACGACGAUAUUAAGAAAGUGGAUGCGAUAGGGAAAGAAAAUCAAAUAAUGGUAAACCAAAUAUGGCGUUUUGAAAGUUUGAUAAAACAAAAUUAUUUUAACUUGACGCCCUUGCCAUCGUUAGAGAUUGAUAAUUGGAUAAAUUAUCUCAACUUCCUAACUACAAAACAUUCUGAUAAGCCACAACUCAUUAGAUCAGUAUUUCAAAGGAGUCUUAUCCCAUGUUGCUUUGUUGAAAAGAUAUGGGUAAAAUAUUUAACCUGGAAUCAAUCUAUCAAUACGAAACAGAACCUAUCGGAACUUCAUGAUCUUGUUCAGUUAUAUGAAAAGGGUUGCAGAGUGUUACCUCAAACAGCGCAUGAAUUCCGUUGGAUGUUUGUUGAUGUUCUAGAAAAGAAAUAUACAUCUUGUGAAAAGUCCGGGAGGACUCUUCUGUUCACAUCAUUUUGCAAAUGUAUUAAAAAUAUGAUUGAGAUAUGGCCUUAUAGACAGGACCAAAUAAAAUCUAUGGAAACCUACUUGAGAAUGUUAAAAAUAUCUAAAUACUAUUCUGCCCUAGAUACACCUUCAAAAGAACUUUUAUCACAGCAAGCUGCGUAUACCAAAUAUCUGGAGACUAGCAUUAAUAAUUAUAUUUCAGAUAGAGUGGACCAUUCAAUUGUACUAGAAGACCUAAUAAAUGACCGUAAUUUAGACGUUAUUGUCGUAGAACUCAUUAGAACGACGUGGUUAGUUCUUAAGAAUACGUUACAAACAAGAAAAUACUUUAACCAUUUUAGUAAGCACCAUACACUAAGAACAUCUGUGGAGUUUUGGGCUAUAUACUAUAAAUUUGAAAAAUCAACUAAGAAUUUUGUUAGAUUGAAUAGUUUUGUUAGUGAAUUAGGUACAAAUUUACUAUUACCAACCUCUUUCAUUAAUGAUAUAAUAAAUGAUUAUAAAAUAUUUUAUUUAUUAAAUUCAAAUAUUACUGAAUACCAAACAGGUAAAGUUGGGCCAAACUCAUCCCAUGAUUUAGAUUCUAGCGUCAUACUAGAUCCUAUAAUUGAAAUAGGUUUCAAAAUUAAUAAUCCGAAAUGGACCCGAAGGGCACCAAAUAGUGGUAGGAUCAACAAAACAGAUGCGUAUAAGAGUCUACAAUAUAAGGAAAACGGUCACCCAGGUAUAGUCUCAGACACUCCCCAGAUAACAAAUACUAUAAUAGACCGCCAAUCAAAAUCUUUUAAAAAUACUUUACCAGGAUUACCGACGUUUAGGAACCUUGAGAAGAUUAACCAAACAGGUAAUUACAGAGACUAUUAUUCAGAAGAUAUCUUGAAUUCCAAGCAAUAG